GGGGGAAUAACAUCAGGAAGUGCAUCAUCAACGAUCGGCCAUCCAUAGCAGAAGCGGUAUCGGAAGUAGCAGUUGAAAAAGUUGCAACAGCGACGACGCACGCUGUCGCUUAGCACCGUUAAGCCGCGAAGAUUCCACCCAAAAUUGAAGCAUUUGCCAAAAACUGCUGGGAAACUGUAACCGCUUGCGUGUGCGGUAUGCGUCGCCCAUCACUGGGACAGAAUGAAGACGACCUGAGUCGUCUGACAACGAUCAUCUCGCCGACCAGCAUCAGCCUCUCGUCGAACGGUCAGAGCGAUCCGGUGGUGGUUGUGGUAGCGGGUGCGACAGCCGUCAACGAUGUCGUCAGCUGCGGCCGUGCGAAAGCAAACGUCAACCACCACCAUCAUCUUCAUCAACAGCAGCACGCCACCAUCGGCAGUAGCAUCAGCAACAGUAGUAGCAGCAGCAGCAGCAGUAGCAGCAGCAGCACUAACAGCAGCAAUAGUAGCAGCAGAAACAAUAGUAGCGGUAGCAAUACAAGCAGCAGCAGCAACUGUCCAGCUAGCAACAGCGUUGGUGCACAACCCACUGGUCUCGAAGAGGGCAGGGUAAGCAGCAGCGCAAGUAGUAACAGUUUGGAAAGCACACUUGGCGAUGUAGCGGAGCCGGUUGGUAAGGAAAGCAGUGGCAGCAACUAUGGAGGCCUCCAUCCCACAACGGAUGCAGGGGCGGGCAGCGGUGGUGGCGGUGAUGUCGAUGAGACACUACCUCCACCACCGCCCCCACCUUCGGUGCUGGUCAACCAGUACCUGCCGAAUCUGAUCAACUCGUCCGAGUGGCAAAACUGCCGAAAGCGUAAAGAGCGCCAGGAUAGCACGUCGUCGAUCAGUCAGGAUCGCAAGCUGAUCCGAUCGAACAGUGAGGAACAUUUGCCCAACUGCCAGGAGGUGAUAAGGCGCGUGUCCUCUCACGAGGAUUUUAAGAAGCGCACGAGUACAGUUGCGGCCGGAACACACGGCCUCUCGGUGGAGAUUUCCAUCGACAAGGAGAACAUCAUCGCGGAGGAGUCAAUCGACGAGGUGGGCGCGGAGGAGCUUGCCGAUCAGCAUCAGCAGCAGCAGGUGUUCGAGAAGAACCUUAAAAACAGUGCGGACGAUUUGAAGAAGUUUUUCAUCGGAAGCGUUGAGAACGUGGCGAAUGGUGGUGGUGGCGCAUUGUCGGCCGGCAAGGAUCAUCAACACCAGCACAACAUCGUGCAUCAGCUCGGUAGUCAUCAUCACCAUCUGAACCAUCACCAUCAUUUGCAUCAUGGCGGGGGGAAAUCACAGCAGCACCACCGUCUGUCUCCCUGCCGCGACAUACUAAAGUCCCGGCGAGACUCGGACAGCGAGCAGGAUGGUGAACACGAGCGCCGACGGCACUGCGAACGUUUCUCCAAGACGCGUCCACCGCCUGGCCGAAAGUCCGUUUCACCGCGGGCCCGGAGUACUAAGCAUUCGAAAUUUGCUGCCGCCACGGUUAAGGCAGCCGCCAGCGUCGGUGGGUCGGUGGUGUUGGCAGCCGGCAACGAGCACUUCUACUCUAAACACGAUAAUCACUCGACGGGUGGCUCAAAAUCGGAACGCCGUCGUUCGGCAAUGCAACAGCUCAAGCAUUCCGAUGACGCGCCGAUGUUUGAUCCCAGGUCUGGCUCAGGGCUGCCUCCCCUCUCCGACUACAACGACAACAAUGUGCUGGAGAAAGAUCAGGCUGCGGCAGCCGAAGUGGCUAACCAGUCCGAACCUCAGCCAUCGCCACGCGAAAAACUUCCCUGGGGCCAGUCGUAUCCAGACGACACACCGGCACUCGUCUGCCAGCGGUUCGCCGACGACAAGUUUGAUCACGCCAAGCGCAUGGACUCGGUGUCGCAUGCCAAACUGCGUCCAAUUCCAUCCGGCGGUUCGCUGAAACUGUACGGGGCACAUCAUCGUAAUGCGGAAAAUGCUCCACCCGGUCACCAUGGCCAUCAUGGAAAGCCGGCUGCGGGUUCGAGUGUCGCGAGCAACAUGUUUGAUGAGCGCGUAAAGGCGAUCAACCGGAAGCUGAGCGGACUGAAGAAAAAGCUAACGCAGUACGAGGAGCGCUUCGAGCGUGAUCACGGCUGCAGGCCAACGCACGGCGAUAAGUCGGCCGAUCCGGCAAUCAAGAGCGUCGUAGUGGAGGUGCACAAGCUACGCAAGGAGAAGAACCAAAUCAAGGCCGAUCUUGCGGUGUUUUCGGCGAAAGCGGCCGCACGCAAUUCCUCAGGAUUGACGGCCAAUCAGCAGCACACAGGAUCGGGUGAUGGUGAUAAUGGCGGAGAUGAAGGUGAGGUGGAUAAACGGCUCGGAAAAAUGAAAGACACAAUCGCAGAUAUCGAAAAGCGCCUUACGGACAAACGUGAGUCGGAACAUCGCAGCGAAAACCUGGAGUUUCUCUCGAAUGAGCAGCUGACCGAGGAGAAAGCGUCUGUGCAACGCGCCCUACUCUACCUGGAGUCGAUGUACGGCCGACCGGCGAGCCGCGAAGAACGUGACGCGGCCCGACCCCUGUACGACCGCUAUCGGCUGAUCAAGCGCCUGGUAAACCGUGCCAACUCAAUCAGUGGACCCUGCGGCGUUGCCAGCUCGCUGAUGCCAACCAUUCUCGAGCACGAGGCGCUCGCAAUUGUCGCUGGUACGACGACGCCAUCCACCGACAUAUCGCCCCCGUCGGCCACCUCCAUGAUCCAGUCACCCACGGACACCCUCGGCGUCGCCGGGCAGCAAUCGACGGACGAAGCGUCGGAAGCGACCACCACAACUACCACCAGCAAUUCUGCCACUGAAAAUAUCCACUCUAUGACGCCGGACGAGCUGUGGCAGCACUACGAUGCUACGCGCGAGGAGAAGAAGGAACUGCGCCGCACGAUUAAGGAUUUCGAGCAGCAGUUCGAGGAGACGACCGGCCGGAAGAUGCUGAAGUCGGACCGCAAAUCGAUCGAGGAAACGUACGCUCUCUACAAACAAAAAAAGGCCAAGCUGCGACUAAUCGAUGCACUAUUCAAGAAGCAAAUGCAGGUUUAAUGUACACGAAGGUUUUCUCUCAAUGCUCCCUGUUACCCAUGAUCGAAAACCUUUGUUGUUGUUCUAUAGUGUAUACCUGGGCACAUUGCAAUGUAAAUGAUUUAAAUGAUACAGAAAGGUGUGUUCUUUUUGGGAGCUCGAAGUUUAUUCUUUCAUGAAAGUGAUAAGCAGAGUUGAUCUUGGUUAAAAAAAAUGUUUCGGUCAUCAUUUUUUCGUGCUUUCUUUUAAAACUAUAUGCCCAAAACUUCGGACGUUGUGUGCGAAGAGAACAAAACUUUCAUCCAACCGGUGCAUAAGAUUGUAAAUCAACUUAGGAAAAGCGACACUGUAAAACUAUGAGUUUUAAUGUAGAUUUUUUUGUAUUUUUCACUCGUUUCUCGUGGUGUCUAUAAACUGUUAUUGAUAUAUUAGAAGGGCAUCUAUUACAUUGUUUUAAGUAUUUUUACCCAUAGAGUUAGAUUUGAUUAAAGUUCUGCGAAUGAAGUGAUGAGAGAACGAAAAGUAAACGACAAUUGUUACUACAUGUGCGCAAAAAAACGAUGAAGACAGGAGGAAUAAAAACUCUGAAAUAGACUGGAACUGGUUUUGAAUUACCAAACAAAGUUUGGUUAACAGAUAGAUACGUUUAGAGCAAACAGAAAAUAAAUUAAACAAAACGUUGUAGGCAACCAAAACAUACUGAUGCAGUACAAAGUAUAUGCUGCAUUAUAACCCUCCCACAAGAUCGAGGUGGCAUGAGAUAUGAAUAAAUCACAAAACAAAUAAAACACAGACACAUUUUUAGCUUAGUGAAGAAGAAAUAUUUGAGAAACAAAGCAAGCGAUAACCGACGAAAAACGAAACAUGACGGAACAAAAAUUAAAGCUCACAGCUUCGUGAUGCAAGCAAACAAAGAACAAACAAACGAACAUACAAAAAUCUAUAUACAAAUAUUUACAAAAUUAAGCUCGUAAAGAGAAAGUCGUGAAGCGGUAUAAAAAAAAUCUUUUGAGUAUCUACGAAAUAGGGCAACAACUUAAAGCCUAGCUAGUGAGAAUGCAAAACCAAUGUGAAACAUGUACUAUAAUCGACUUAUUUUCGAGAUUAGAAAGGAUUAUUGAAGUGGAACACUGGUGUGGGACGAAAGGAAUUAUAUACUGUUUUGUGAUACAUAGUUUUGCAUUUUUGUUUGUUCGAUGGUCGUGUCUCACUGUUUUUCUACCAUUGGUUUUACAGAACUUUUCUCCACUGCGAAAAUACAGAAACACCUCCCGUCGUUCGCACAGUAUGUAAUAAUACAUUUCAAACCCAUAAGAUAUGUUAUGAAUAAAUAAAAAACAAUAGUUAUGCUAUAAUAGAUCUAUUAUUCGGUGAGCGAUAAGCGAAGGAAUCGAAUAGCGAGGAAACAAGUAAAUAUCUUAUGCUUUUUUCACCAUUAAACACCAGUAAAACUCUUACAAAUACUAUCCAAUAUUACCAAAUCUUCCUGAAAUGAAACAAUAGUCUCCUUCAAAUCUCAUCCCGUAUCGAAAACGUCUAGAAACGGAGGAAUAGGUGGAAGCAUGCUUUAAGAAAAAUAUCAUAAUUAUCAUACUUCACCAGGUACAUAAAACAUAGAUGAUACUGGGUACAUUUGGGUGUUUAGGUUUGCAACCAUGUUAUUUAUUGUCGGCAAGAAUGGGUUUUAUAGUUCUUUAAAAGCGAUACUCUGAACAUUAAUCGGCCGGUUGUUAAUUAACACACAUGCUCUAUUGACACACAUUUUUGGAAUGGUUAAUGUAUGAAUCACACUGUGUAUGCGUUCUCUAAGAACAGUUUAAUAAGGUGCUUUCUUAUAGGAGUGCGAAAGCGACGGAUCAACAGUACACUCAACGACAUUAACUGGAACAAUGGAGACGAAAAGUGUAUGGAGAGUGAAAAAGAAUACGAAUAGCAGAUACAAACGUGCAGAUACUGUAAGAUGUAUGGGAAAUUGUAAUGAUGAUGCCGGUGUGCUAACACAUUAAUAAACCUGGUCAAAAUGAUUCUACAAGAAUAACACGAUCGUGUAAAA